AUGCCAGCCUCGUCCUCGUCCUCCCCUCUGGAGCUCACCCCCCCAGCAACUAGCUACCACCCCUCCUCCGCCGUAGAUGCAGACGACGACGAGGAUCCCUACAUCCACACCCCCGAGAGCGACACCGACAGCAAUUCUGGCUUUGUGGUCACCGGAGAGGACGGGUAUGAGCUGCGGCCGUUGUCACGAUCGGCAAGGGAACAGGAAGAGGUGUAUGCAGAUGAGCACGGCACCCUGAUAGCACCCGAGCACGAUAGUUCUGGGGACGAAGGAAGGGCCGGUGGCGGUGCGGUGGUAUACGAUGCCAGUGAUGAGGAGGGAUCAUCGUCAAAUAUACGGAGACGACGGAGACGACGGCCCAGGAUGAGGAAGGAAUUUCUGUACACGAGAGAGGAGGAAGGGAAGGUCGUAAGGAAGUUUGACCUGCAUUUGGUCGGCUUUUUGGCGGGGCUGUAUAUGCUUUCAUUCUUGGAUCGUAGUAAUAUCGGAAAUGCGAAAGUAGCGGGUAUGAAUAAGGAUCUGGGGUUGACCGGAGCCCAAUAUGAGUGGCUGCUGACAGCGUUCUACAUGACGUACAUUAGUUUUGAAUGGAUGACACUGUGUUACAAGGUGUUUGCGGCACACAAAUACAUUGCAUGCUGUGUAAUGGGAUGGGGGUUUGUAGCAAGCAUGCAAGGGCUGGCCACAAACUGGUGGUAUAUGCUAUUUUUCCGGGCAUUGCUCGGCAUCACCGAAGCUGCUUUCGGGCCAGGUGUCCCGUUCUACCUCUCCUUCUUCUACCGCCGCGAAGAACUCGCCCUCCGAUGCGGUCUUUUUAUAUCUGCCGCCCCUCUCGCAACAGCUUAUGCCGGCUUCCUCGCAUAUGCCCUUACCUCUAUCCCAUCCGCCAUAGCUCCCUGGCGUCUCCUCUUCAUCCUUGAAGGCUUCCCGUCCAUGAUUGCCGCAGUCUUUGCCUACUACAUCAUCCCCGACCUCCCCUCCGACGCGCGCUUCCUCACCACCGACGAAAAGAAGAUCGCGCGCCGACGCCUCCUCGUCGUCACCGACGAAGGCGAUCACUCCGUCGCUGCCACAAUGCGUGAGGAGGAAGACCACCAGAGCGGUGUGCGCUGGAGCGAAGUGUUUGCAGCGCUCCGAGACGGCGGAAACUGGAUCGUUGCGUUGAUGUACUUCUUCUGCAACGUUUCGUUCUCUAGCCUGCCUGUGUUUCUACCCACUAUAAUCAAUGACAUGGGAUACAAAUCAACCACGGCACAGGCGCUCUCGGCCCCGCCGUAUAUAUUCGCGUUUGUCCUUGUCCUGCUGAGUACGUGGAUAUCCGACCGCUACACCACCCGCAGCAUCCCGAUAAUCUUGUGCUGUCUCCUUGGUGCCAUCGGCUAUGCGCUGCUUGCGGGAACUGGGAGUCUCCAGAGCUCUCUGAACACUGCACUUGCCGGUGUGGAGUCCAUAGAGGCUUCCGGGCCAGGGCGGUGGUGGGAGAGCUAUGUGAGCGAAGCACAGUGGGUGAAGAGCGAGACGGUGGGCGUGGGCGUAAAAUACACAGGCGUAUUCAUGGCUGCUGGCGGCAUAUUCUCUGCGAUUGCGCUAGUGAUGGUCUGGGUUGUCAACAAUGGUGAGAGCGAGAGCGGCCGUGGCGCUGGGAUUGGACUGGUCCAAGUUAUUGGCCAAUGUGGGCCCCUACUCGGGACGAAGCUGUACCCCCCAGAGGACGGCCCAUACUACGUCCGCGGAAUGUCGACAUGCUGCGGGGCGCUGGUCAUGGUGUGUGUGCUGGCAUACCUUCAGCGGUGGCGUCUCAAGAGAAAGAAUCUCAGACGUGAGAGGAAAAAUAUGUUGGAGGGGCGGCCGAGGGAGACGGGGUUCAGGUUUAUAUUGUAA